CUUGUAUUUUUCCACACCACAAUUCCUGCCUGAUUGGACCAUCGUAGGGUUCUAAAAUAUUUUCUUAUCCAUAAUUUUCAUUGUCUUCAACAAUAUAUACAUUUGAGUUUAACCAUACACUUGACUUGUCUCAAGUAAGCUUCUCUGUUUACUUUUUAAUGGCAAUCAACAUGUCGUGCAUGAGAAGUCUUGGCUGUGUUUUUGUGCUGUCCUAUUGUUACUUUGUGCUCCAAACAGAUGCACAACUCACAGAUCCCUCAGAAGUUGCUGCAUUGGUAUCAGUCAAGAAAAGUUUGGUUGAUCCUAUGAAGCAUCUCAGUAAUUGGAAAAGGGGAGAUCCUUGCGCAUCCCACUGGACUGGCAUUUUUUGUUUCGACACAUAUGGGACAGAUGGAUAUUUGCACGUCCGAGAACUGCAACUGCUGAGUAUGAAUCUUUCUGGACAUUUAACACCUGAGCUUGGCCAACUUUCUCAACUUAUAAUAUUGGAUUUCAUGUGGAACGAAUUGGAUGGCAGCAUACCGAAGGAGAUAGGAAACAUUUCAUCUUUACAACUCCUGCUCUUGAAUGGCAACAAAUUAUCAGGUUUUUUACCUGAUGAGCUUGGCUAUUUAUCGAAAUUAGAUCGACUACAAGUGGACAUGAACUAUAUCUCGGGUCCAAUACCAACAUCAUUUGCCAACUUGAGCACAGUGAAACAUCUCCACAUGAACAACAACUCGAUUAGGGGUCAAAUCCCACCCGAGCUUUCCAAAUUAUCCACUCUUCGUCACUUGCUUUUGGAUAAUAAUAAUUUAUUUGGGUAUCUUCCACCAGAAUUCUCAGACUUGCCGGAGUUGCGCAUACUUCAGCUUGACAACAACAAAUUUAUUGGCUCUGGGAUUCCAGAUACCUAUGGCAACCUUUCCAAAUUAGCAAAAUUAAGUCUCAGAAAUUGCAGCCUACAAGGAAGCAUACCGGGCCUUAGCAGCAUACAAAACCUUUCAUAUCUGGAUCUAAGCAAGAAUGAGCUCAAUGGACCCUUGCCACCAACACUCUCUGAUAACAUAACCACUAUUGAUCUAUCAGAUAACCAUUUUAAUGGAUCUAUACCAAGAAGUUUCUCAAAUCUUCCUUCUCUGCAGAGACUGUCUCUCGAAAAUAAUAUGUUGAUCGGUUAUGUAUCAGCUAACAUGUGGCAGAACAUGUCGUGCACUAAAAGUGCCGGCCUUACAGUUGAUCUCAGGAACAAUUCGCUUUCAAGCAUUUUAGGAGAAGUGAAUCUGCCAGAAAAUGUCACCCUGAGGCUUGGAGGCAAUCCUAUCUGCCAUGAAGCUAACACACCAAACAUUAUCCAGUUCUGUGAACCUGAAGCUGGAGGAGAUAAGACUCCUGAAAGGCUAACAAAUUCAAAAGUUUCAUGUUAUGUUCAAUCAUGUCCAACAGAUGACUUCUUUGAAUAUGUUGCAUCAUCUCCUGUGCCAUGCUUUUGUGCAGCCCCUCUCAGAAUUGGAUACCGUCUUAAGAGCCCUAGCUUCUCUUAUUUCACACCACAUGUUAAUCAAUUCGAGGAGUACGUAACGCGUUCUCUUAACAUGAGCCCGUAUCAGUUGUCCAUUGAUUCCUUUUUCUGGGAAGAAGGACCUCGUCUAAGGAUGUAUUUGAAGCUCUUUCCUCCAGUUAAUAAUGUUCAUUCAACAAUGUACAAUGCGACAGAGGUUCAACGAAUAAGAGAUAUAUUUGCAUCAUGGCACUUUCCUCCAAAUGACUUCUUUGGACCAUAUGAGCUUCUCAACUUCACCCUACUGGGACCUUAUGCACAGAUGAAUGUUGAGUUCCAUAAAGAAGGUAUCAGUAAGGGUGUUUGGGCAGCCAUAAUACUAGCUGUUAUUGCCUGUGCUAUUGUAAUAAUUUCAGCAAUCACAGUUUUGAUUAUUGUAAGAAAUGCCAGAUACAGUCAGAGGCUUCCAAGAAAAGAUUUAUCCUUAACAGUACAGAUGAAAAUUGAUGGAGUGAAGAGCUUCACUUUCAAAGAAAUAGUCUUGGCUACCGAUAACUUCAACAGCGCGACACAAAUUGGUAAAGGAGGUUAUGGAAAGGUUUAUAGAGGGGUUUUACCAGACAAAACAGUGGUAGCUAUAAAGCGAGCCGAAGAAGGAUCCUUACAAGGCGAAAAGGAAUUUUUGACGGAGAUCAAGUUGUUGUCAAGGUUACAUCACCGAAAUCUAGUUUCGUUGACUGGAUAUUGUGUUGAAAGAGGGGAGCAGAUGCUAGUAUACGAGUUCAUGCCGAAUGGUACCUUGAGGGACUGGUUGUCUGAUAAGGAGAAGCUCAGCUUUGGAACAAGGUUAAGCAUUGCUUUGGGUUCAGCAAAGGGGAUCCUUUACCUACAUACUGAAGCAGACCCUCCAGUAUUCCACCGAGAUAUUAAGGCUAGCAACAUACUUUUGGACUCUAAGCUUACUGCUAAGGUUGCCGACUUUGGACUCUCACUUCUGGCUCCUGUCAUGGAUGAUGAUGGAUAUCAGCCUAAUCAUGUAUCUACAGUGGUGAAGGGAACUCCAGGAUACCUUGAUCCAGAAUAUUUUUUGACCCGCAAGUUGACAGACAAGAGUGAUGUCUACAGCCUUGGAGUUGUAUUUCUGGAGCUCUUGACAGGAAUGCAGCCAAUAUAUCGUGGAAAAAACUUAGUCCGUGAGGUAAAUAUUGCUUGUGAGUCAGAUAAGAUGUUCUCCAUCAUAGACAGAAGAAUGGUUUCCUAUCCAUCUAAAUGCAUCGAGAGAUUUGUACCUUUGGCACUCAAUUGUUGCCAUGAUGAGCAAGACAAGCGGCCAUCAAUGGUGGAAGUGGUCAGGGAACUUGAAAACAUUCUCAGAAUCUUGCCAGAAACAGAAACUACUGAAACAUAUUCUCCUUCUGCUAAUUCCAGGAAGACCACACCCACAUUUUCUGGCAUGUCAGCAUCUUCAUCUUCAUUCUGCACAAACAGGGAUAUAUCCAACUCGUCCAGUCACUUGGGAGGUGAUCUUAGCAGUGGUGUCAUUCCAUUCAUACCGCCUCGUUGAUAUCAAAAUUAGAUGACCUUUGUACUCAUUUAUCUCUCUCCCCCUCAAAUUGUGCAUGAAGUUUACAGGGAAGUGGAUGAAGGAACCAUUGAUGAAGCAGAAAACAUCAUGUUCGUAGAAUUAAAGGAAUUAUGAAGAGUGGUUCAGUACUCCAGCGAAGAAUAUUCAUGUAUUUAUAAGGAUAUAUACAUGUUUGAAUUUACAGAUAAGAUAAAAACUGUAAAAUACAAAGAAUCAAAGAUUCUAGUUGUCAGAUAUUGAACAAACAACUGAAUAAGAAAAGUAAUAUGUCGUUCCUAUAAUUUCUAUUUU